UUUAACAGGAAGGACUUUACAAAACACCACUGUCAAACUUACUUGUUUGGUGACAUGUGUUUUUAGAAACGGCGGAUCAAUUGUAUUUUUCUCAAAUUGACACUCAACCAAAGAUACCGUAGAAUGACUACCGGAGAUUUCAGAUUCACUGAGGUUUUCUCGUAUGAAAGUUUAGUCCAUGCUGUAUCAGGAGCAGUCGGGAGUGUGACUGCUAUGACCGUAUUCUUCCCGCUUGACACGGCGAGAUUAAGGCUCCAAGUGGACGAAAACAGGAAGGCGAGGUCAACUCCUGCCAUUCUUUCCGAGAUUGUAAAAGAGGAGGGCCUAUUGGCACCAUACAGAGGCUGGUUCCCUGUUAUCUGCAGCCUGUGCUGCUCCAACUUUGUCUACUUCUACUGCUUUCACGGACUGAAGGCCAGCUGGCUUAGGGGACAGAAGUCGGCCCCGGGAACUGAUCUGAUCUUUGGCAUCGCUGCAGGGAUCAUCAACGUGCUGGUCACCACUCCCUUGUGGGUGGUCAACACCAGGUUGAAGCUUCAGGGCGCCAAUUUCCGCAACGAAGACAUCCGGCCCACCAGCUAUUCUGGCAUUCUGGAUGCCUUUGUGCAGAUCUCCAGUAAGGAGGGUCUGGGCGCGCUAUGGAACGGCACCUUCCCUUCCCUGCUGCUGGUGCUCAACCCUGCCAUCCAGUUCAUGAUCUAUGAGGGCCUCAAGAGGCAGCUGAGCCGGGGCGUCCACACGGAGCUUACGUCUGUUGAGGUCUUCCUGAUCGGUGCCAUCGCGAAAGCAGUCGCCACCACUGCCACAUACCCACUACAGACCAUCCAGUCCAUCCUCAGGUUCGGUCAACUGCAAGAGUCAACCGACAAGUCACAAAUACUGAGCAGUUUGAUGGUCAUCAAACGUCUACUGGUCAACAGAGUGAGGAAGUAUGGCGCGCUUGGUCUGUUCAAAGGGUUGGAGGCCAAACUGUUGCAGACGGUGCUGACUGCCGCCCUCAUGUUCCUCCUUUAUGAGAAGAUAGCCAGCAACACCUUCAAAGUUAUGGGACUACACAAGGCCACCCACGGAAGGCGAUAGCCAUCUUGGAUCAUCUUGAAACACUCUCCUCUACUGUCCAUGACAUAAUUUGUGUUUUUUUGGGAUUUCGUUGUUGCAUAUCCCCUGCGAGACUUGUAUCGUAAAUACAUAUAUUAUCCAUAUUAUGUCGGUGUAAGAUACUGAAAGAGAUGGAUGUUUGUAAUUUUAAUGCUAAAUCUUUGUGAAAUCUGUGUCUAAAGGCCUCAAUAUGUGGGCCAUGGAUGUUUGCUAUGCCACACUGAAUGAUAACCAGAGCAAGACUCUUUUACUAUGAAAUGGGGGCAUCUAUACUAGCAUAUGUUGGUGUACCUUAAUUUGUGAUGUUUAAAAUAUUUUUCGGCAAUAUGCUCAUUUUAAAACAUGAAAAAAAGGCCCAUUUGUCAUACCAGCUAUAAUUAUUUUAUAUUCAUAAGGUUCUAGUAAGAGACUUGUCAUUUCUGAGUGAGGAUGGGUUUUCUAUUAUUAAAUAUUGUACGGUUUGAUUAUUUUAA